UUUUAAUUAAUGAAAGACGGAAGGAAAAGGUUAUGAACUACUAAAACCCGCGUCGUAAGUGAAGUGAAUGUGUAAUUUUAAAAAAAUAAGAAAUUGUGCAUUGGGUAAUAUAGAGUAAUAGAUUUAGUGUCCGUGAAAGUGUUUAGGCAUGUGAACUGCAAUGAGGGCUCUUUGAACCAUGUAUAAACAACAGAGCUAAACUGUUCUAUUGGCUGGCUGCAUUUGAGGCGUAACAUCAACCUUUUAUAUGAAAGCAGCUACUGAAGUAGACGUGUCGGAUAACUUUGAUUGUCUCUCUCACACACCCUACAGAAUGCUUUUAUACAAUACUCUUUAAACAUCAGUGGAAACUUCCUUCUGCUAAGCAGGUCAGAUAUUUAUCAUUCUUAUUGUGUAGCAGUGCCCUACUCAAGCAGUAUUUCCUCAUCUGAAGUAUUCUCACACUGCAUUCCAGAAGACUUGUUUAUUUAGAGACCGAGGAAAAAUGACUUCUGAUUAUAGCUACAGUGAAGGAUAUCUACAAACUGCCUAUGAAGAUAUUGAGGAGCCGUGUUCAGUGGACCACAAACAGAACAUUGACAACAUCCUCCAGUUAUUCAUUCACCCCAUCAUUUGCUUGGUUGGUUUUAUCGGCAACACCCUGGUAAUUUUGACCUAUGCCCUCUACAAGCGAACCAAGUCUAUGACGGACGUUUACCUACUGAACGUGGCCGUCGCUGACAUCCUGUUUGUGGUGGCUCUGCCUUUGAUCAUCUAUAGUGAACAGCAUGACUGGGCCAUGGGGAAUUGGUCCUGCAAGCUGCUGCGUUGUGUCUAUAGUAUCAACUUGUAUAGCGGCAUGUUGCUCCUAGCUUGCAUAAGUGGAGACCGCUACCUCGCCAUCGUGCAGGCCCGCAGGUCAUACCGGCUGCGGUCUAGUACCCUGCUUUACAGCCGCCUCAUAUGUACAGCUGUCUGGUUACUGGCCUUUGCCCUGUCCCUUCCCACAUUAAUAUUUUAUGAACGGUAUCAGCCCAGCUCUGUUGAAUUCAACCUAUAUAACAGCACCGAGGACAACGAUACACCAUUUGUGUGCUUUUUCAGAUUUAAUUCAAACGAAACGUCACGUACUAUGAAAAUCAUGGUGCCAAGCUCUCAGGUAGCAGUGGGUUUCUGCUUACCAUUGCUGAUUAUGGGUUUCUGUUACUCCAGUGUCAUCAUCACCCUCCUUCAAGUCAAGAACUUUCAAAGACACAAAGCUGUGCGUGUGGUCUUCACUGUGGUGCUUGUGUUUGUGGCCUGCCAUAUGCCUUACAAUAUAGCACUAUUAUAUUAUACCAUCAACAUGUUCAGUGAGCAGAAUUGCAGCCAUGACGAAGCCGUAGAGUUGGCCAUGACCAUCACAAGAAGUCUGGCUUACCUCCACUCUUGUCUGAACCCCUUGCUGUAUGCAUUCAUCGGGGUGAACUUCAGAAACCAUUUCCGUAAGGUCUUACAGGACAUCUGGUGCUUUGGAAAGAAGUACAUGUCAGCACGGCGCUCGUCACGUGUUACCACUGAAUUAUACCUUUCUUCACGGAGGUCUGUCGAUGGCUCAAAUUAUGACAAUGGCACUUCAUUUACAAUGUGAUUGGCCGCUGUAUAAGGCAUGAGCAUCACAUUUUGGCUGUGUCCGAAACCUUAGACAGCUAGAUGCCUUGUUGCCCAGUAAGUCAAUUACUUAUCAGACAGGGUUUUUGUAUAAAGGUACCCCCUAGAUGGUUUCAGACGGACUUCUAAGGCACCAAAGCAUUAUGUCCAAUAAUCUAUUGAACAAAUUCAAGUGAUCUCUAGUCAUAUAAUGUAAAAUAUAAAUAUAUAUAUAUAUAUAUAUAAUAUUCCAGCCACCCAACUGCAUGUACAGGAUUGUGAGAUAUCUUAGGGAGCAAAGGACACAUUUAAGCUGCCUUCAAAAUUAGGCCACAUGGAGGCAUCUUAACAGACAUGAUGUUUGGACAUGCCUCGAUGCCUUUCUACCUCUGCAUAUUGCCUAUGAAGGAGGGAUUUUUCUGGUUUCGAACACAGUCUUUGUUACUGCAUUUGAGUUCAAUGUUCAGAGAAAUUAAACCAAUUACAUUCAAAACUAAACAAAGUGUACAAGACACAGGAGUUCAAACAGUAUACUGACCAUUUUCAACUGAGAUUAAUUUUAUCAUAUUUGUUUUUUAAAAUAUGUAAAAGUUUGUAAGAAGUAGGCUCUGUAAGUUAAUUUAUUUUGCUAUGGAAAUGCACAGUAUGUAGUACUAAUGCAAAAUAACAUUUUCUAUAUGUAUGUUUUAACUUUUUUUAUCUAAUAAAUACUGCUGUAUUUUUCGAAAUAAGCAAGUAAUGGAAAGGAGACAUGUAAUGUUCUCAUCCAGAAAUUAAAACCAGUGCUUAUGUAAUUCCCCAUCUCUGCAACAGCUCAAUUGCAAUAAUACAUGUCUAAUUUUAUUUCUGACCUGGCUAACAUGCCACAAUUUUGAAACUCCACACAGUGGUUUUCAAUGUUGUGGUUACUACUUUAAGUCCAACAAUCUAGCAUAGCAUUUAAUUGCCAAUGAGACAUUUCUUUUAUAUAGCAGUCCAGUCCUCUACAAAAAUGAUAAUUUUUGGGGGGUACAGGGUGUGUACAACUCUUUAAGCAUUUUUUUUUUCAUAUACUCUUUUACAUAAAUAACCUAAAAUAGCUACUGCUUAAGCAUAACUACCAGAAACAAUUUAGCCCGAGACAUUGCCCUUGUAUUAAAAUGAAUAGGAAAAACUGGAACACCCAAUAUGGCGGAUGUAGAAGAGGAAGUCCCACUUUGCACAUAAAAGAGCCAAUCACCUUUCAGAUACAGACAGUAACCUUGAAAACGUGAACAUGCUGGAUUAGCUUGAAAAAUACUAUUUUUAUCAUUAUCUGAGCUAA